CCCGAGGCCCCCCUGGAGCCUCACCGGGACGGAAUGCUUUAGUUGUUUUAUCUUUUAUUGGCUUAAUUGGCCAAAGUGAUUGAGAAACCAAUCAAGAGUUUUAAUGAGCCGGGGCUCGCGAGGGGAGAUUAUUUAUGCUAAUGAAGUCGAUGUCACUUCCGCCCCUUUUAUUUGCGCCAUUUUGGAUAGGGCAGUUUCUCCGCUGGAUGUGUAUUGUCUGUCAGAGAGGAGAAUGGGCUCAGAGUUAUCGGCUGCCAGGCAAUCAUAGGUACCGUUGUCUCCGCCGGUAGUUGCUCCCCAGCACCGGGACAUGUGUCCGCCCUCACCGCCCCGGGGAAUGGACGCUCUGAUUGUCUCAUGAGGCUCGGAGGCUCCCGGCCACAGGGAAGAGGACAGCCCGUUGUCGGCGAGGGUUUGGAGGGUAUACCGACGGCCGGGCGGCUGGCUGGCUGGCUGUCUGGCUCUCCAGUGGUCACCUGAACGGAUAUAACCGGGAUAUCUGAGCGGGCGGAAAGUGUCCGCACGUCGCUUCACGCAGCCCGGAGGUGGCUCGCUUCACUCACACGGGAGCGCUGGAUGUGAGAGCAGGCAGGCAGAAUGUUCCAGCUCCCCGUCAAUAACCUGGGCAGUCUGCGGAAAGCGAGGAAAAAUGUCAAGAAGGUCCUGGGAGACAUCGGCCUGGAGUUCUGCAGAGAUCACCUGGAGGACUAUAAAGACUUCACUCCUCCUGAGGUGUACAUAAAGCACACUAGCUGGGAGGAUGUGUGCAUGUGGGAACCAUCACAUACCAAAGUCCAGGACUACAGAUCAAAGCCUUUCUGCUGCUCUGGCUGCCUCUUUUCAUCCAAGUACUUCUCUGCAUACAAGAGCCACUUCCGUAAUGUCCACAGCGAGGACUUUGAGAACAACAUUCUGCUCAACUGCCCCUACUGCACUUACAAUGGCAACAAAAAGACUCUGGAAACACACAUUAAACUGUUCCACAUGCCUAAUAACACCGUGCGGCAGGGCCCCGGUGGGAUGGUGGCAGGAGCUGGUGGGAUCAUGAUGAAGGACGGUAUGCUGAAGAGGACUGGGGACAGCGUGGAGCAGGCGGUGUACUACUGCAAGAAGUGCACCUACAGGGACCCUUUGUACAAUGUGGUGCGAAAGCACAUCUACCGGGAACACUUUCAGCAAGUGGCCCAGCCCUACAUUGUGAAGCCUGGAGAGAAAGCAAACGCUCAGAAUGGUGGCAGUAUGGACGGUAGUAACACAAACAAUGUUAACAGCAACCAGAUUCACUGCAAGAAGUGUCUGUUUGUUCCACGGACCUACGAGGCGCUGGUCCAACACGUGAUUGAGGACCACGAGAGGAUCGGCUACCAGGUGACUGCAAUGAUCGGACACACCAGCGUGAUCGUCCCCCGUCCCAAACCCAUCAUCAUGAUCCCCCCCAAAACGCAUGGAGACAAGACCAUCAUUGGGAUGGGCCCUAAAGGCGCCGUCAUGGCAACCACCAGGUCACCUGGCUCACAGCACCUGGGCCGAGUCGUCAUCGCUUCAAAGACCGGCUUCAGUUCUCAGAGUCUUCUAUCUGGGAUGAAACACGAUGCGAUAGGAUUAAAGGCCGGAUCCAUGCAGCCGUUCUCUGUUGGAAACCAGCAGGUGAGGGUUUCUUUACCGGGGAACGCCCAGGUUUCUGUGCCGCAGCAGUCGCAUGCAGCAAAGCAGCUUAUUUCUGGAGGCAGCCUGCGGAGCCCAGUGGUUGUUGGUUCCUCUUCCUCACUCAAAUCCAACCCGCUGGGUUCACGUGUCCAGGCAGCAGCUACCACUGUGGCCUCCGUCACGGCCAAGAAAGGCUCCUCGGUGCUCGGCACGUCGUACACCCAGAAGUGGAAAAUCUGCACCAUCUGCAAUGAGCUCUUCCCAGAGAACGUUUAUAGUUCUCACUUUGAGAAAGAGCACAAAGCAGAGAAGGUGCCUGCUGUGGCAAACUACAUCAUGAAGAUCCACAACUUCACCAGCAAGUGUCUCUACUGCAACCGUUAUCUCCCCAGUGACACGCUGUUAAACCACAUGCUGAUCCACGGUCUGUCCUGCCCUCACUGUCGCGCCACCUUCAAUGACGUGGAGAAGAUGGUGGCUCACAUGCGGCUGUCACAUCCAGACGAGAGGGUUGGACCACGAACUGACUCUCCUCUGACCUUUGACCUCACGCUGCAGCAGGGAAAUCCCAAAAACGUUCAGUUGAUCGUCACUACGUACAACAUGAGGGACGCUCCGGAGGAGUCGGUGGCGUUUCACGCUCAGAACAACAACACCUCCAUGUCCACAGCCUUGUCUGCUUCUCUAAUAUCAGCCAAGAGGUUAAUGCCUCAGCAUCCGCCCAAAACACCUUCAGGAGCCUCUGACGGAGCUCCAGCUAAGAGCGCUCCUCAGGCCUCGGUGCCCUACAAGAGGGAUGUAGGCAAAACACUGUGUCCUCUUUGCUUCUCCAUCCUCAAGGGCCCGAUCUCAGACUCUCUGGCCCACCACCUGAGAGAGAGGCACCAGGUGAUUCAGACAGUCCACCCCGUAGAAAAGAAACUAACCUACAAGUGUAUUCACUGUCUGGGGGUUUACACCAGUAACAUGACGGCCUCCACCAUCACGCUACACCUGGUGCACUGUCGAGGUGUCGGGAAAUCCCAGAAUGGACAGGACAGCCGGGCGGCUCAUUCCUCUCGGGUCGGCCCGGCCCCGAGCAGCACUCUCAAACGGCCCAGCUUUGAUAGUUCUGACACCAGCGCACCAAAACGAAGGAGGCCGGGACCUCCUGGGGAACGGGCCCACCCUCGGGACAGCAACGGUCCGUCAGCAUUUGUAGAGAAUCCUGAUGAGCCCGUGGUUCUGGCUCUGGACCCCAAAGGACAUGAGAGCCAGUCGUAUGAAUCCAGGAAGGCUUUUUUAACUCAGUAUUUCAACCGGGCGCCGUAUCCGACCCAGCGGGAGGUGGAGAAGCUGGCGGCCAGUCUGUGGCUGUGGAAGUCCGACAUCUCCAGCCACUUCGUCAACAGGAGGAGGAAAUGCGUCCAGGAGUGUGAGACCCAGGGCUCCAGCGUGCUGCUCGGCUUCAGCAUGCACGAGCUCAGCAAAGUGAGUCACGAGCUGGCGUUCGCUCAGGGCGGCUCGUACGAGGGCCGACAGAGCAAACGGCGGACGUCCAGGACGCGUAUGGGUUUGUCGGAGGAGGCGCUGCAGAGACACAAGGAGCUGGUGGCUGCUAACGGAGCUCCGGAGGGGAAGUCGGCCAGGAGCGUGGACGGCACCAAACCGUCCGCCACGAGUCCCAACUGUGCCAGCAGAGACCAAACCAAGACAAUCAACAGCCUCUUACCACAGAAAAUGCCUCUAGACCUCUCCGAACCCAUCGCCAUCGACUCUGACAGUGAUGAGGAAGAGCAGCAGAAGGAUAACAAGGAACUGGAGGGAGAGGUGCGUCGCCAUGGUAACCGGCAGCUUACUGGAGCUCAGGAGAGAAUGGAGCCAAGGACAGGGGCCAAGAUUGUUUCAGAUCUGGACGACAUGUCAGACGAUGACGACGACGAUGAAGACGACGAGGACGACGAGGAUGACGAGGACGAAGGAGGACACGUGGAGAACGGCUUCGGGCCAGCGGAGGGCUCAGGACGGCCGGCUGCUAAAGGAAGAGACACUCUGCCCAUCAUUAUCCCCAAGUUUGUUCCAUCGUCUGCACGGAGCGGCAGAGACGGAGCCCAGCUGGGCAAACAGCAGGUCUGACAGAGAAAAAUACAAAAAAACAAGAAAAAGAAAGGACUCGCAGUCAGAGAGACGCUGAAGGUUUGAUUCCUGCCAACAAAUCUGCCUCCAACGAAGUGAAGGACGCUGAAGAACUCCAAAAAAGCCAUCCAAUGACAUCCAGAGGCGGGACUCUACGAGCAGCUAGGAUCCAUGUAAAGAUCUGUGAACUAAAUUUUAAUGUUUUUUUUCCCCCUCAAGUGGUCAGAGACAGUGAAGUUACACCAAACAAACAGACAAAAGAAGUUUUCUGCCUUCUAGAUCCUUUACUACAUUGAGAUAAGGAGUUAUUAAUGUUGAUUUAGCCGCCGAGCUUCUGAGUGGGGCUGAAAAUGUUGAGUUGUUUUGAGGUGUAGCUCUGAAGCUGACCAGAUAAUCCAUCGUUUUUCAUGUAGUUAAAUACUGAGCUAGCUAGUGUAAAUUUGUACAGUCUUUUAGACAUGUUUGGACAGACAUUGCCGUACAUGUACCCUUAAAUAUUUGCUAUUACCUGUGUGUAAGGUAGCCUCAUAUGUUCUACAUCGGUAUGCUUAACAAUAGGUGUCGCUUUGGUGGCUGGUAUUUUCUCAUAUGUUUAUUUUUUAACAAAAAAAAUAGUUUUUUUUGUUUUGCAAAAUAAUAUAUCUAUAUAUAAAUGAAAUAAUUUAGUUUUUGCUUUUAUCCUGAUUAGAUUUUAUUUUUUUAUGUUUUAUCUUCUCUUUUUUUUAUGAUUUCUCUUCUAAAAGAAUAGUGGCACCGAACUAUUCUCCUUGCAUUUCAUCAUCUUUUCGCAGCCUUUCUGCUCAUUAGCCUCCACUGUGCUCUACUUGCUUUCUAUUUCCACGACUUUAGCUCGAUGUUUCUUUUCCUCCCGCGAGACUGGACAGUAACCACCAAUACUGACAUCCGCAAAAGUGAAAGCCUUUUUCUUUUUUCUGUUUCCAGAAAAGAUAGUUGUGUUUAAUAUGUGUUCUUUGAAUUGUGUGUAUUUGUUUUAUGUUUUCAUUUUUCACUUAAGCAUUUAUGAACAAUAAAGUGCUGUAAUUGUGCUUCUCACAGAA